AUUACAAUGUUUUGUUAGGAUUGUUUCAUAUUUGUUUAUUUUUAAAAUGUUUUCCAACUCAAUGCCACUUUCCGCUGGAAAACAUCAACCACUCUGUUUACAUCGGCUGAUUGGACGAUGUCUGGGAGAUCUUCCGAUGGUACCGUACGAUGCCGUCGAGCUCAUGCGCGUUCCGUUUUUCGAGAGAAGCCGGAUUGUGUGUAGUUUACCUGAUGUUUUAAAUUAAACCUAAUUUCUCGCGAAAAACAUUCAGGCAGAACACGUGUGUGAGUUCGGUGAGCCCGUUCAUACCACGCGGUCCACGGUGGUGGUAGUGAGCGAUCGCUCUCACUCUCUUUAAAAACUGAGUCGCGAGAGUGAUUUUGAGAGAAAAAUGUUGCAGUUUCAGUGAAAAUCUGACAGUUUUCUGUGCAGAUCAUAAACAUUGAGCGAUCUGACAGACAGCAAGAAAAGGAAAACAAAUUUUAAGUGAGUACAUGAUCGUUCGAAGAUUUGUGCCCUGAAGUGUCAACAAAAAUGGACCAGACGGAACAGCAGUUUAGCCUAACUCUAUCGUCGGAGCCGUUCUGCACGUUCUGUCUGCGGGCAAGCCCGCCAAACGUGCAGCUGUACAAGUACAUCACGGGUGGGUUCGUCGAGCUGCGGCUGUCGUUUGAGUCGAUACUCGGGUACGAGUUCCACCUGGACAGCUUUGCCAUCUGUAAGCCGUGCUGGAGCUUAGCACAACUGUUCCAGGACUUCCGAACACGGUGUCAGAGGGCCAACGGGUUGCUGGAGCGGAUAGGUCAUGGGCUGAGGGGGGAGGGAGAUGACGGUUGGUUUGGGGAGCAGAACCUUGCGACCAUCGAGGGCAUCCAGAAGGUGAUUCAGGACCAGUUGGCACAGAUUGAGAGGGUUGAUGCAAAGGGGGAAGAUGUUCGGAUGAUUAAGACAGAACCGAUUGACGUCGAGCAGUGCUCGAGUGAUGAGCUGAAGCCAACAGAAUCUAGUCAACAGUUGAGUCAGGACAAGAACAAGGACGUUCCUGCACCAGCAUUCCAUAUGGUAGAAAUUAAGGUUGAACAUCACGAUGAAGUGGACUCUGAAGAGAGUGACGAAGCGUCUAAAUCUGCAGCGGAACCAAAGGACGAGGUACCAGAGAAAAUGGAACAAACAACUCAACCAAGUCCAAAUUCGUCAGUUGAAUCAGCUAAAGAGGACAAAGAAAUGGAAGUUGAACCAGCGGAAGAAGGCAACCCAGAAUGUAAUGAACCCUCAGAGCUCGUGGAAUGUGAUAAAUGCGGCAGAAAGUUCGACAAAUUGAAAAGCAUGAAGCUGCACUCUAUGAACUGUGAUGGAACAUUACCGACCCGACUUUUAACUUGCGAGCUGUGUAAAGCCUCAUUUCUCGACCGCCGUCUUUUGAACACGCACAUGAACAAACAUGAAGGCAAAACUCCAUUCCCAUGUCGCAAGCUCUGCAAAGCGUCCUUCAUUUCCGCCCAGAUCCGCAACCGGCACGAGCUCACCUGCUGCAACGAUCGCCGCAAGUGCACGCUGUGCGAGGAAGUCCUGCCCGACCAGAUGCGCCUGUUUGCGCACUACAGGCUCGCGCAUCCGGGAGAGCUCCGCUAUCCGUGCCCGACCUGCCACAAACGCUUCAAACGCAGAGACGCCCUCGCGUCCCACGAGCGCAGACUCCACUCCGAAAGUCGCCCGAAAACCGAAGCCUGCCAAAUCUGCGGCAAGAUGUUCGCCGAGCUGAACGAUCUCAAGGGGCACGUCAAGCUGAUGCACGAGAAUCCGGGCGGAACGCGCGCCAAGCCGGCUCAGUGUGAAGUGUGCGGUAAGCGGUGCAGCAAGCAGAACUCGCUGAACAUGCACAUGGCCGCGGCACAUCCGGAGCAGACGACGCAUGCAAACCUGGAAGCGUAUAGGCGGAGGUGUGUGCUGAAUAUGGAGCGGAAGCGGAGGAAGAAGUUGGUGGAUUCAAUUCCCCAGAUAAUGAACGCCCCAUCAUUCUGCGCGUUCUGUCUCCGGACAAGAAUUUCGCACAUGAAGCUGCACAAACAAGUCGCCGGAUGUUCGGACGAGCAGCGGCAGUGCUUCGCGCUGAUACUCGGAUACGACUUCCAGCUGGAGAGCUUUGCCGUCUGCCGACCCUGCUGGAAGCUGAUGGAGCUGCUGCAGGACUUCCGGCUGCGCUGCUUGAAAGCAAACAACCUGGUGGAGAGGAUCAGCCGAGGGAUGCUUCCGGGAAUAUACGAGGACGAUGGUUGGUUUUCGGAUAAUACUUGGGCCAAAAUCGAAAGCUUCCGGGCCGUUAUCCAACAGCAGAUCGUGCAGAUUGAGAAGAUGGAGGCGACUGCGGGAGAAUCCGAUUGCAAUGGUGAAUCAACGGAAGAGUAUGAUGAAAUAAAGAUUGAACCGGUGGAAAUUCAAGACGAAGUCGUCGAAUCAGAUCUGGAAUGUGAGGAAACUCUUCAACGCAAUAGCGUGAUGGAGUUCGAAUCCAGUGUUGACAGCAAUCUAACUUGUGAUGAACCCGCAAUAGAAAAGAAUUCAACUGGUUUAUUCAAAUGCAAGAAAUGUGACCAGAGUUUCAUAACUAACGAAAGGGUAAUGCAGCAUUUGCUGAACUGUGAUGGAACUUUUAAUCCCUUAGCUUGCAAUUUGUGUGAAGCGACGUUUACAGAACACAAACAACUGAUAACUCACUUGGUAUUUCAUUCUAGAGCCCAAAAUGUUGUCAAAUGCCGAAUUAAAUGUGCCAAAACAUUUAGUUCAAAAUCUAAUCGCUUGAGACAUGAGAAAACUUGCGACAAAGUUUAUCAAAAGUGUCCUCUGUGCGAAGCGCAUCUGGAUCUCGGACAAGAACCCCUGCACGAGCACUAUAGUCUUGUACAUCCAGCAGAACUGAAACAUCCAUGCACGAAAUGUGACAAACGCUUUCUAAACCAAGAACAAGUCAAAUCUCACGAAAAAGUAACUCACGCCGAGGGGCGCAUCAACGUGCCCUGUCCGGAGUGCGGAAUCAUGUUUGCCGAGGCCAAAGAUCUGAUCGUACACACCAAGCGAAUCCACAGCGAACUGUGGCUCUUUCAGUGUGACCAGUGUGGGAAACGACACCGUGAUAAGCAGUCGCUAGUGACGCACAUGGCCGAAGAUCACGCGAAGCUGGCACCGGAAACAGCGGCGACGCCAACUGUGGUCCGGAUGUGUGAACGAAAAGCUAAUCCGAAAAGGGCUGUGGAUAAGGAAUCGGGUGGUUCGAGUGCUUCAAAAGAGCCGCCGUUUAAGGGAUUAAAGUUAAGAUCUUUUCAAAUCAUUAGUCCGUGACUGUUGGAAAAGGUCGAGUCGAAUAUUCAUUACAUUCCUAUUUGAAUAAAAAUAUAAACUUUUCUUAAGAUGUUUGUUGUAUCGGAGAAAACUCGCACAGUUGGGCCACCGCAGAAGGAAAUAAAAGGACACGCGCAGUUAACAAACGA